UUAUAAAAGAGGCCAAGCAUGAACAAGGACCACAGAGGAAACGCCUUCAUUCAUCCAAACAUGAGAGCGUUUUGUACUGUUCUUGUUUUGGUGUGUGUGUGCAGGGGAGCUCUGAGUGUGCAAGUCCAGGUUGGAGAGAGGAGUUUCCCUUUGGAAGCAGUGAAGGCGCUGAAGGAGGUGAUGGAUCUGAAUGACAACGUUAACCCUCGCCUUGCAGACACGAGCACCACGGUGGUUUGUUCCCACCCUCUUCUGCCUCAGGUGUUCCGGUCCGUGUGCCAAGGGAAGGGGGCGGGACUCAUUUUCUCCAGACUGGUGUACAUCACCAUGUCUCUUGAUCUUUGUGAAGUGUGUGCUAAUCCCUCCUGCUACGGAUGUCUGGGCUGAAGCUACCGUCAGACACUAGAACACCAGCUGAGAUUGUCAUAAAGGAGUUUUCUUCUACAGUUUGUGUGCACAACAAGCCCUGAUCACCCAUAAAUCAGCAAUAGAAAAUCUUGUCAUGCCUCUUGUCUUGCCUCUGCUCUUCCUCCUCUAUCUGCUUCCUCUUCAGCACAUCCUGAGCUCCUUCAAAGGAAUCUCCUACCAUCUUUAUGCAGGUGACAUCCAAGUGUACAUCUCCUUUAAGCCCCAUGAGAUGUCUAAGCUGAAGCUGUUACAUACCUGCUUAGACACUAUUAAAACCUGGAUGGCUGGGAGCUUUCUUCAGCUGAAUGAAGAUAAGACUGAGAUCCUCAUCUGUGCCCCAGACAAGCUGGUUCUCAAAUUCAGAGACUCUCUUGGUCAGCUUGCUUCCCACGCCAAACCUCCUGUCUGGAAUCUUGGUGUGACCUUUGACCCAGCUCUCACCCUGGAUUCUCAUGUCAGUUCUCUUGUUCACUCUUCCUUCUUCCAUCUCAGGAACAUUGCUAAGCUGAGUCCCAUUCUGUAACUCUCUUUUCACGUGUCUGAGCAGAACCUCCCUGAACCGUCUACAGGUGGUUCAGAAUGCCUGUGCUCGGCUUCUGACCAAGUCCCCCAAAUACACCCACAUCACCCCGCUUCUCCUCCAGCUUCACUGGCUGCCAGUCAACUUCAGGGUUCAUUUCAUAUCCUGGUUCUGGUCUAUAGGGCCUUACAUGGACAAGCACCAUCUUACAUUGGUGGUCUUCUUAGUCCCUACACCCCCAGCAGGUCCCUGAGGUCCCGUGAUCAAAGCCUACUGGUUGUGCAUCACCAGGCUAAAGACCAAAGGUGACAGAUCAUUUGCUGCUGUGGCCCCCAGACUCUGGAACUCUCUCCCCCUGAGCCUGAGAUCAGUGGACUCCUUUAAAAAGCAGCUGAAGACUCACUGGUUCAGGCUUUUGUAUGAUCUUCUUCACCACUCUCUCUUUAUUCUGCUCUCCCCACCUAUUCCCCUUUCCUCAGGAUCCAGGGAUUCCCCUCUUAUCUAUUCACUCUCUCUCUUUUUUUAUAUUUUUUUAAUCACAAUUGUCUAUUUUUUUGCUCAUUUUAAAUAUAUUUUUAACCAUUUUUUAAAUUCUUUUUGAUAUUUUUACAUUUUUUUGUUUUUGUGAACCACCUCGUGAUUUUUAUCUUGAGAGGCGCUAUAGAAAAGAUAUUUUCUUCUUCUUCUUCUUCUUCUUCUUCUGAAUAGUUACAUAGAAAUCUUAUUGAUGUUUAUGAUGAUUUGCUGUAGUUUAUUAAAAGUCUAAUUC